AUCAAUCAAUACAUUUAGAUAGUUAAUAACAUUUUUUAUUUCCAUCUAUUCCAGACAUUUGGCUGCCUUAACCGUAUCUUUUGUAUUUUUGUUUGGAUGUUCGGGAGAAGAAGUUGGCCCCGACAUCGGGUUAUCUAACCUUUCCAAGAUAGUGAAUCGGAUUGGUUUUCAACUGUACCCACAAAUUGCAGGAAAUGAAAAUGUUUUCUUCUCUCCUUUAAGCUUGUCAAUUCUUUUUGGAAUGUUAUACCUGGGAUCCAUAGGUCCUCAAUCCCAGCUCAUUGGGAAGAAACUUGGAUUCGAAGGGACCGAUUUUGGAGGAAGAGACAUUCACGAAACAUUUAAGGAAUUAGAUCUUUUUCUGGCUGACAACAGCCUUGACAUAGCCAACGGUCUUUUUGCACAAAAAGGACUGGAGAUUCUUGAGUCAUAUAAGACUAAUUUUGCCCGCCAUUAUGGUGGAAAGUCAGAGGAAGUGGAUUUCUCUGGUCACUUGGUCGAAGCUACAAAUUACAUUAAUCAGUGGGUAAGUAAAAAGACGAGAAACAAGAUCACCGAACUUUUCUCGGGCAAUGAUUUAGGUGGGGCAAUAAUGGUGGUGUUAAAUGCUAUUUAUUUCAAAGAAAACUGGGCUUCUAAAUUCAAGCUGACCGACACAAAUCCGGCCACAUUCACUAACCAAAACGGAAAGAAAGUCACUGUUCCGUUGAUGACACAGAAAAAUUAUUUUUUGUAUGGGUUUAAUUCCGAACUUAAGGUUCACGUGGUGGACAUGCUUUACGCCGGAAAUAACACUGGCAUGUUACUAGUACUUCCGGAAGAAAAUGGCGACCUUUCCUCUGUGGAGAGACAACUAAAUCCGGAACUGCUUGACCAUCUGGCUGGAGAAUUGAAAAGCACCGUCAUUCACCUGUCACUUCCACGAUUUGAGUUAAGUUUGAAGUAUGAAAGCCCCAAACUCAACGGAGCGCUGAACGCGAUUGGUCUUGGCGGGUUUUUCUCGUUAGACUACUCAGGAAUCAGCAAAGAAAAUCCAACGCUCACCGACAUUGUCCACGAAGCUGUUGUUGAAGUGAACGAAGAAGGGACAGAGGCUGCAGCGGUUUCUGGCGCUGUUCUCCGUUCGCUAAAGAUAGUUACAGCGAAUCGUCCUUUCCUUUUCUUUAUCAGGGACAGACGAACAGGACUGGUUAUGUUCAUGGGCCGAGUUAACAACAUGUCUCCAGCCUAAGACUACUCCGGUCCGACGUGAUUAUCGUAAUAUUCUGUACGUUUCGCAGUUUAACUAAUUUCAUCUUUUGGUUAUUAUUCAGCUGAGGGGAAGCUACAAAUAAUGGUUGUAUUUCUACAAUGAACUUCCUUUCUUAAUCAUGAUAAUUUGCCUCUUACGUCACCAAUAAAAUAUAUUUCUGUGCUUUAGAUCGGUUAUUAAGUAGUUCAGCGGUAAGUCUAACAAUAGAGUUUAGAUACCGCUGGUGGCCACAGAACAGAUAGCCCAUUGUAUAGGUUUAUGUUUUACAACAAACAAAUAAAUUGAGUGGUAGUCGUUUCGGAGUCGACCAUUAAUGCUUUAGGCUAA